GCUCAUUCCCUCCUCUCCUCUCUCCUCUCUCUCUCUCUGUCUUUCUCUCGCGCGCGCGCGCUCGAUUGAUCUUUCCCUGUGGUGCAUGUGUCGAUUCUCGCGAGCGUUCUGAGAGAGAGGGAGUGAGAGUCGGCAAUAAGCUUUCAUGAUUGCAUCCGGUUGACAGAAACAAACGUGUCGCCAGGAUCAUUUCUUCCGAGGAUGCACUAGAGGAGAAGCACUUGAGAUAGAGAUAUAUAGAUGCCAUGCAAGCAGUAGAGAAGCUGCAGCAGAGCUAUCGUCCAGGGACUUUCUUGAUCUCCGACAACAUGACCAUAGGAGACGAGGGUAAGUGUGGCGGCGGCGGCAGCAGCAAAGAAAAGGGUCGCGAAAACGGAGUUUGCAGCGAUGCAUCCGCAAAACCCAUCACAGAAAAUGACGUACGACGCAACGACAGCAGCAGCGAUCUGGAAAAUCCCCAGCUGCCGGGAUGGUUUGCUGAGAACAGUCCCCUGUGGCCAGGACAAGCACACUUCCUAAAGAUAGAGAAGGUGCUAUUCGAAGGGAAGUCUCAAUACCAGCACAUGAUGGUACUUGAGUCGACAGCAUAUGGCAAGGUUUUCGUCCUCGAUGGCGCACUUCAGCUGACCGAGAAGGACGAGUGUGCAUACCAGGAAAUGAUUACCCACCUCCCUCUUUGCUCCAUCCCUAAGCCGCAAAAGGUAUUGCUCAUUGGCGGAGGAGAUGGAGGCAUUCUAAGGGAGAUCUCCCGUCACUCUUCAGUCGUGCACAUAGAUAUAUGCGAAAUGGACAUGAUGCUCAUCGAUGUGUAUCGAGAAUUCUUCCCGGAGGUUGCGGUCGGAUAUGAGGACCCGCGUGUCAGGCUUCACAUAAUGGAUGGAAGUGAAUUCUUGAAGUCGGCGCAAGGAGGUACAUAUGACGCGAUCAUAGUAGACGCAUUCGACCCAAUAAGGCCAGAGCAUGAGAUUUUCGGGAGUCCAUUCUUCGAAAUGGUGGUGAAAGCUUUAAGGGAAGGAGGAGUGAUGUGCAUUCAAGCAGAAAGCCUGUGGUUUCCCUCUCUCAACCUACCACAACUCAUCCACACUUUCCGGAAUAUAUUCAAAGGAUCCGUCAACUAUGCCUGGGCACCGGUUCCUGCAUAUCCUAGCGGGGUGAUUGGCUUCUUGCUGUGCUCGACGGAGGGACCCCGUGUCGACUUCACCCGACCGGUGAACCCAUUAAACCAUCAUGAUGCCGCGAGCUCCUUGGGCGUAGCUAAAGAGCCGCCCAAGUUUUACAACGCGGAGAUGCACUCGGCUUCGUUCUGUCUGCCAUCAUUCGCGAGGGAUCGCCUUUGACUCCAAAUCGCUUCAAUGGAACAGCGAAAGCCUCUCUAAAUCACACGAGACAAGACAUCAAGAUACGAUUGUUCGCCACACUCCAUGCAUCAGUCCGACAACGAUAUUCAUUUAUCUUCAACACGAUCAUGUUGUUGUUUUAAGUGGGUUUGCAACACUGGAAAUUACUUCUACAGAAAGACAUAAUCAUUCCUUCAUUCCUCUUGUGUUGGCUAUUUAUUGUGAGGAUUUUAGUGGAGUUCCUAGGGAUGUUUACACACAAAACGAUCGAUAUUUUUCAAAUUACGUACUUUCAUUGAUCA